ACUACUAGGAUGAUGCGUACUUGCGCACUUAUAUGCUUGUGUGCAUCAAUUCGUAACCUUAACCUUAAACAAAAAGAUUGAUCGAUAUUUGUUGGUGAGAAAUAAUGUUUAACAAUCGCAUUAUUAUCUUUAUUAAUUUAACUGUUGUUAUUAUCAAGUGACGUAAUUAUGUAGAUUACUUAUUUUGUAUAAACUGUGUUAUAUUUACGAGAACAAUUUAUAGGAUUAAAAAAAAAUAAAAGACCUGUAUGUUUAGCGUGCAUUAUGUGUGUGUAUGUGUAACGUGAAAUCAGAAUAAAUUGUGUUUUUUUCGAUUAUAUUAAUUUUUGAAUUUAAAAUUUAAAAUUUAAAAUGUCUGUACAUUAUAAAUUUAAAUCUGCCUUGGAGUCAGAUAUUGUAUCUUUUGAUGGUUUACAUAUCUCAGUAGCAGAUCUUAAAAAAGCCAUUUUUCAUCAAAAACGUAUUGGAAAAAAUGCUGAUUUCGAUCUUCUAAUCACUAAUGCUGAGACAAAAGAAGAUUACACGGAUGAUAAUACACUAAUUCCGAAAAACACAAGUCUUAUUGUUGCACGAGUACCUGUAACGGUUCAACAAAAAAGAUCAUGGAACCGGUCUGAGCCACAAUCAUUCGUUAAUUUGAAGGAUGAAUCUAAUUUAGGUCAUGCUGUUGAUCUAACCAGGUUAGAUGGAUCUGAAGAAGAUAAAAUUCGAGCCAUGAUGACUCAAUCAACCCAGGAUUAUGAUCCAUCAAAUUACAUGAAAAUCCGUGGCGCGAACCAAUCAGGCGAUCUACCUCCAAAAUAUCGCUGCAAUAAGUGUCAUCAACCUGGUCAUUGGAUAAAAAAUUGUCCCCUUGGUGCCAGUCAAGAGCCAAUCGAGAUUAAAAAAAGUACUGGAAUUCCUCGAAGUUUUAUGGUACCGGUUGAAGGGCCAUCAGUUCCAGGCGCCAUGAUGACACCAACAGGUCAAUAUGCUGUUCCUGCCAUUGAUCAUCAAGCAUAUAAAGAAGGUAAAAAAGAGCGGCCUCCUUUUUCAAUUGAUGAAGAGCCUGUUGUUAAAAAACCAGAAAUCCCUGAAGAUCUACUUUGCAAUUUAUGUAAGGAUUUACUAACUGAUGCUGUUAUGAUUCCAUGUUGUGGAAAUUCAUUUUGCGAUGAAUGUAUUAGAACUCUAUUACUUGAAUCCGAAGAACACCAAUGCCCCGAUUGUCCUGAAAAAGAUAUAUCACCAGAGAAUCUCAUUCCUAGUCGAUUCUUACGUAACGCAGUAAUGAAUUUCAAGAAUGAAACUGGUUAUGCUAAACAACAAACUUAUCAAUCCGCUGGAAAAAAUUCAACUGCGAAAAGUACAGCUCCUGUAACACCAUCAAUAGAAAAAGAAAAAAUUGAAACUCCAGUUUUACCUACUCCAGUGGAAUCUAAAGAAUUAUCUCAGGAAUUACCUACUGUGGAACCAGAAAAUUCUCCAGCACCACAAGAUACGAAUAAAGUACUUGUUGAUCCAGGUGUAAAUGAAAAUUUAGCAAAGUUAGAUGUCAAAAGCGAAAUCAUCGUUCAUCCAUCAACAAUUGAAGAAGAAUCAGAUGUUGUACCACCACCACCUCCAGGGACAGAACCUUUAUUACCAAUACCAUCAGUUAGUAGCUCACCUGAAAAAAAUAAUCAAGUAGUUUCUGGUGAGAAGAAAGAUUAUGAUUAUGAAUACGAAGAAGAUCAACGUUCAAGAGAACGUCAUCAAAGUUUUAGCAAAGAUAAUCGCGAGCGAAGUGGAGAUAAUCGUCGUACGGAGAGUGUGAGACCUGUCACUAAACGUAGAUCUUUGUCACCAAGGCAGUCUCGUCGUAAUGAUUAUCCAAUGCAUAAUGCGCCUGCACAUCAGCCAAUAAAUUCUGUAAAAGGAUAUCAAAAUAUACCAUCAAGUAAUUCAACCCAAUAUAAUACAAAUACACAACAUUACGAUUCUGAAAUUCGAAGAACUGAUGAAGAUCCAAAUAGUGCUCCAGUUAUGGAUCCUCAUCAGUAUCCACCAUCAACAGUUCAUCAAGCUCCACUUCUUCCUUACCCACCUGGGGAAGACCGGAUACCAUCUCUGCAACCACCUCCCCCGCAAGGAUAUAAUCAACCACCUCCGGUUAUGCAGGCACAUAAUCCACCACCUCCUAUGUCUGAUCCCUAUAUGGGCCAUAGAAUGCCGAUGUAUCCGCAUCAGCAAGGACCACACUAUGGUCCACCAAGAUAUACUCGACCGCAGUAUCAGCAGCAAGGAUAUCGGCCCGCUCAACCUCGUAAUUAUAAUGGCCCACCAAGACCUAUGAGAGGAAUGCAUCAUCUAGGUUAUCGAGGUAUUCAACCUCCUCCUCCAGGAUUAGGCAGAAAUAUGUACAAUGGAAAUCCACCAGGAGUAAUUGAUGAUCCUCUUGAAGCGUUUGAACGUAUGUUACGAGAAAAAGAUGAAAGAGAUAGAAGAUUGGGUAAAGGAAGACGACGAUCUAGAAGUCGAUCUAGACGAAGUUACACGCGAUCACGAUCUCGUUCUUUAAGUCGUCGAUCUCCUUUACCAUCUCGCGUUAGUAGGUCAAGAAGUCCACCUCCAAAAAGAAGAUCUUCUAGGUCACCACCCCCAUUAAGACAACGUAGUAGAACACCUAAAAGAAGAUCUCGUAGUCCAAGUGUUUCAAUCAGUAGAUCAAGAUCGUAUUCUCGCAGUCAAUCACCACGUAGCUCUAUUUCACGAGAUCGUGAGAGAGAUCGGGAAAGAGGAAGAGAACGCAACAGAGAUCGUGAUCGAGAUCAAGAUUUUCCUCCUACAAGAUAUAGAUCACCUGAUCGCCCCCGUCCAAGAUUUCAAAGGGAGCCUGCUAAAUCACGUGAAUCACGAGAAAAAUAUAAUAGUUACUACAAUGAGCCACCAGCAAACGAGUUUGGAUUUAGAGAACGUGAACGUGAUGGGGCGAAUAACAGAGAGAGAUCUGGUUAUCGUUAUCCGCCACGAAAUCAAACAGCACAUCAUAAUAUUCCACCGUUGAUGCCACAUCUAAAUGCUGGUGCUCAUCCACCUCAACCACAACGGUCCUUUGGGGGGCCUCCGCAGGACAGGAAAGACUAUUAUGAUUCUUACAACAGAUAUUCUGGUCCACCUAAUCAACGAAUGAAUAGCCCUGGACGUAAAGUACAUCAUAAACGUAUUGACGAUGUUGCACCCCCUGGAACUGAAGGAUAUUAUGAUCUUCCACCGCCUGGUGUCGACAGAGAUAGAGCUAGAUUAUCAAAAGAACGAGAUCGCGACCACAUUAAGGAUACAGAGACUGAUAGUCGUGAUCGAAUGCCAUUGCAGGAUGAAAGGAUUCGAGAGCGUGAUGAUCAUCCGAGAGAAAAAGACGAAAGAGAUCGGCGAGCAUUUGAUCGCAGUUCAGAUCAAGAUCGUCCCAGAGAAAAGGAAGACCGGAAUAGACCAAUUGUAAAUCGGCAACGUGAGGAACGACCUCGAGAAAUUGAUGAUAGAGAAAAAAGAGAUAAAGACAAAGAUCGAGAUGAAAAAUAUAAUCGUGAUCACCGCGAUGAUGAACGUCCAAUGGAAAAACGUGAUUAUGAAAAAGAACGGUAUAGAGAUGACCGCGAUCGACACAGAUUUGAAGAUAAAAAUCGUCCACGUGAAAGAAGAGAACGUGAUUAUCAAGUAGAAAAGGAUAAUAAUCGUGAGCGUUAUGAAAAACCUGCAACAGACAGAAAGAAAUUACAAAAGAGUUCUAGUCCUUACUCUCAAAAACCAUGGAAUGAAACUAAAGAAUUAUCACCAGAACGUUCAAGAAAGAAAGACAAAGAUUACAGUGAUAAAGCUGACGAAAAGAAGAAAGAGAAGAAAAUAAAAGAUAAAAAGAAGAAAAAAGAUAGUGAAGAAAAGGAAAAGAAGAAAAAGAAGAAGAAGGAAAAGAAGUUGACACAAAAAGAAUUGGAGAAAAGUGAAGCUUCAAAAUUAAUUGAUGAAACUGAUAAAAUUGGUACUGAUUUAAGAGUUGAACAAUUAGCUUUAGCUCAUAAAAAUACCGAUGUAUCAUCAACAACUACUUCAUUAAACACAGUUGAGUUUGAAGAUAAAUCAUUAAUGAUGAAUCCAGAACCCCCUGAGCAAACAGAACAAGAUUUAUUACGUCAGGAUGAUACAGAGUCAGGUGUAAAUCCUCCGAAUCCAAAUUUCAAACCUAUUCCUGAAUUAAAAUCAGAGUUUAAAAAAUCAUCAAUUGAUGAUCAUUAUAGUGAUUUAGAUAAUAAUGAAAUAAAAACUACCGAUACUGAUGAAUUUUCAGUACUACCCAAUAUCGAAGAAGAUGAUAUUAAAGAUAAUGAGGAUGAAAUGAAUUCAUCAAAGUCGACAUCUGCUACUGAACCAGAAGAAACAAGUCCUGAAAAGUCAACAUCAUCAUUGAAUAAAGAUUUAUCAAUUAAAAAAAGUGAAUUUUUAGCACCUUUGCCGGAAUUAUCUAAAUGGGAACGAGAUGAAAGUACUGAAAAAUUAGAUGAGGUUAGUAGUGCGUCAUCACAAAUAAAUGAACCAAUAAGUGAAUCAAAAUCAACAACAGAAGUAACUCGUGAUGUAUUAAAACGAGCCGAAAAUGCAAUAUUUCAAAAAGCUAUAAAUGCCAUCAGGCCUAUUGAAAUUAAAAAAAUAAGUGAAAAUCGUAAAAUUUUGUAUCAAAAUCCAGAACCAAAAGUAUUUGAACCAGAGAUUAAUCGUGAUAUUAAUAAAAGUUUAAAUGUCACUGUUAAUAUUGGUAAAAAUGAACGUAAUGUUGAAAUAACAGAGUCAUCUAAAAAAAGUAAAUUAGAUCGAACUAAAUUUAAAUUAACCGAAACAACACAUUCACCUACCCGAUUAUCAGCUAAAGAACGUUUAGGUGAAAAAAUAGAUGAUGAUAAAGAUAAAAAAGUAACAAUAAGUGGUGUCAACAAUGAUCGUAAAGUUUUUAUUGAUGAUAGUAAACGCGAACGCGAACGCGAACGCGAACGUGAACGGGAACGGGAACGAGAACGGGAACGAGAACGAGAACGAGAACGCGAACGCGAUCAUAAAAAUGAUCGUGUUCAUGAAAAGGGAGAUACUAGAGCUGGAGAUAAAUAUGAUUUGCAAGAUGAAAGUGACAGAAAGAGUAGCCAAAAUAAAAAUGAUUCUCGUGCUGGUCGCAAUGAUAAAAAUGAAAAAGAACGGGAACGACAAAUUCAAACUCCACCUCCGCUUACAAGUAAACACACAAGUGAAUCUGAUAAAAUUCAUCAUCUUUUAAAACGUAAACGUGAUCAAGAGGAUAGCGAUGAUAAAGACGAUAAAAAAAGUCGUGGUGACAAAAAGCGUAAGAAAGAUCACAGAAGUCGCAGCAAAUCACGUGAACAUAAAAAACGCAAAGAAAAGAAACACAAAAAAGAUAAAUUUAAUGAUAGAAAACAAAAGCACAAGGAAUCGACUGUUAAACGUGAUAAACAAUCGAUUGAUUCAGAAGAUAAAUCUAAUUUAACAAAUAUAUCAAAUCAAGAACAAUCACCAGCAAGAAAACACCAGCAGCAGCAGCAACAGCAACAACAGCAACAACAACAACAACACAAAAAUCCAAAAUCAAUUUCUGAUCGUAAACGUAGUAUACUAGAUGAAGCCAGUUUUGAACCAGAUUAUUCAGCAUCUGAUUCUGAUUCAGAUAACGAAGACCAUAAAACAAAUAUUAAAAAAAUAAAAACUGAUGAGCAACAGCAAUUUGAUCAAGACAAAGGAGUUUGUGGUAAAAUAAUAAAACGUAGAGUGAGAUCAACAAGUUCUGAUGAUAAUUCAAAUUCAUCCGCCAGUUCAUCAACAGAAUCUGAUAGCUCAGAUGAUUCAUCUUACAGAAAACGUAAGAAAAAACAUAAGAAACACAAGAAACGUAAAUCAACUAAAAAAGACAGCAGUUCAGAAUAUGAUAGUGAUUCAGAUUCUACACCAUCAAGUUCAGAGGAAGAAAAACACAAGAAAAAAUCUAAAAAAUCAAAGAGUAAAAAGAAGCAAUUGAAAAAAAAGAAAAAAUCUAAGCAUAAAUAAAUUUUAUAAACAAUAAUUUGAUUGUAAUAUUAGAAUAUGCUCACUUGUAAAUUAUGUUCUAACGUAUUCUAUAUUAAUUAUAUUAUAAUUAUUAUUCAAUUACGUUAGAUAUUACACUCUGUAGUUAU